AUGUCGGCGUCCAGCCUGCCCGCCUACAGGCCGCCCUCCUUCGCCCGCUCCCCCGCGUCCCCCGUCUACACCCCAGAGCCCCAGGCCUACGAGCAGCGCCUCGCCCUCAACCGCAUCCGCGAGCGACCCUCCACCGAGUUCGUCAAGCAGUCCAAGACCGGCGGACUGAGUCUGCGCCUCAGCGAGCAGGAGGACAAUGCGUCCCUUCCGGUGUACGGGUGUGGCGACUCGGUGGAGGGCACGGUCGACCUGGUAAAGCCGGAGAGCGCGAGUGGUGUGGAAGUCAGGGUCGAGGGCAGCAUCCGUCUGAAGGAGAUAGCGGAGGGCGGCACCACGUCGCAUAAGUUGUGUUUGUCCGUCGUCACGCUCUGGAACCGCGAAACAGACCGGACACCGUGUCCUGCCUCUCUGCCGUUCAGCCUAACGCUGCCGACGACCUUCUCGGAUGGCAAGGAGACAUAUCCUCUCCCACCUACACACCAAGCGCGUUUGCCGGGCGUGCCGGGUUUUGACGCCACAAUAGAAUACAUCGUCUGCGCCGUAGUGCACAAGGGCAAAGCCUCGAGCUUGCUGCGCAUUGGAAGCAGGUGUGUACCGGCGCGAACCAGUUUGCGGCCGUGUCUCAACUUUCUUGGUCUGUCCAGUACUGUCUGCACGCCCUUUAUUUAUUACCCGCGUUCUCGCCCCGCCGUUCCACUUCCGCGAGCAGCUCGACAGCUCGCCGGAGGCUACCCCGCCUAUCUCGACACGCCGGACUGGCGCUGCUACAAAUCCGUCAUGGCACCCAAGGUCCCUGGCUUGAACGACAUUAUGACGAAGUUCUACGUUCCCGCCGCGAGAGUGUUCAGCUUGUCCGAGCCUAUCCCGUUCUACGUCAUGUUCGCGUCGUCGGCCAUCUCACUCGCUGCCUUUCUGCCCCUUGGACCGACGACCACCCGGCUAUCCGGCCGCCAGCCCACCCGUGUGCAGCUCCUCCGGCAGACGAACGUCGACGUCCGGAACGAAACCGUUUUCGGGACCAAGACGGACAUCUGGCAGACCGUCGAGAUCGGUGAGGGCGCCUUUAGGCACAUGGGUGACGGCCCGGACUGGAUCUGCUUCUCGGGGGAGCUUCGCGUCAACGGCCAAAUUAAGAUCGGAGGCUUCAAGGCGGGAGGCCUGUCCUUGAAGGAUUACCUCGUCCUGUCCAUGACGCCGCCCGACCCCGUGAAGACGCCGUUCAACGAACUCCGUCAAGUGGUUCCUGUCCGUCUGACGACCGACCCGUGGUCGAGCGACGGCGCCGGUCACACCUUCUCGGCAUCCGAUUAUUCAAUACCUAUCCUUGCUUCCGAGUCCCGCCAUCCUGUCAACGCACCAGUCCCCGGCUACCGCCCUGCAUGAAUGCAUAUCGACUCGCCCCAUCUUGCAACUGGAACCUCGCAACUCAGCACCGCACCCCGCACCCUCAAUACAUGCACGCACACCUUCGCAUUUUGUCUAGACAUUCUCGCUAAUGUUGCACUAUACGUACAGGGAGGACCCUUCUGUAGCCAGCAUACGUCGUCGUAUAAUCUGCUCAGCGACGGCGCUAUAACAUAGCAUUGUAGCGAUAAUGAACCGCCGAAUUCUGUCCUCUUUCGAGCCUCCUGCAAUAGUAAUUUACUAGACUCAUCUCGUAUGCGGGUUCUGCCCACUCUCAUAACUUAUACAAAUCGAAAACGACAUUUUCCGG